GAUUACCAUCACUAUCUGGACCUACCCACUCUAUAUUUUUACCAUGUCUCAAUUAUACGAUGCAGGAUACCCUGUGAACGAUCUCCUGCUCGCUUCAUCAUAUCCAGCCACGACCCCUGUUUAUUCCCCUCCGUAUGAUGUUCGCGGGAGACAGCAACAUUUCAUCGAAACCGCACAGCAGAGGAAAGAACGGAUCGAGUUUCUGAAAAAGAGAGAAUGGGCUCGUCGUGUUGCUGAGUGGAUUCGGGCGACUAGUGCACGGCAGGAUGUGAUGAACUUUGGCUGCUCAGGUAGGCUUGCAGCAUCAUCACCCAUGCCAGAGAACGGUGAUGUUACCCGCUUGACUACCUCUGCGUCAUCACUCUCUCUAUCAUCGAGCGAGGAAGAGCAAGAACCAUACGUCAUCUAUAGUUCAUCUCCGUCAUCUUCCAUGUCGUCCUUAUCCGACGACCUGUCUAUUUCCUCAGUCCCCACCUCGCACCCGUCUAACAACAUUCAUCCACUGUCAAGCUCCAUGCCUUCUCCCUCCAAGCGCAGCCACCACCGUCGUAGGAGCAGCACCAGUCUUAUGACUCCACGUCGCCGACCUUCAUUGUCCAGUAUUUACGAGGUUCCGGAGGAAGACUGAUUCACGUCUGCAUGGUUGGAUUUAUCGGUCGGGAGUGUUCAAGCUAGGAUCAAACCGGUUUUGGUCAAAGCAGUGCCACGUAUCCCUUCUUGGGGUUUUCGUGGCGUUACGACGAUCUUGUUGCCCCCUCCUCCUUUGUCGUUCUCCAACGACGUUCAUGACCAUUUUGCGGACAUGCUGACCGCUCUCUAUACCUGUGCAAGCAUACCCCUCUUCUCCAUCAUCAUCGAAUAUGUGGACGUUCAGUUUCUUUGUACAUUACGUGAAGAUGUAUCACAUUAGUGUUUCGGUAGUAUUUUCCAGCUCAACGUAUAAGUGUAAAAAUGGAAUGUUUCAUAUGCAUGCACAC